AUGCAGCUGCCCCCGGGUGAGCUGACGUGGUGGCAGUCCUGCAGUCGCGCGGAGACGGAGACGUAUCUACCGGAGCGGAGCUUCUGGACGGAGACGUAUCUACCGGAGCAGAGCUUCUGGACGGAGACGUAUCUCCCCGAGCAGAGCUUCUGGACGGAGACGUAUCUACCGGAGCAGAGCUUCUGGACGGAGACGUAUCUACCGGAGCAGAGCUUCUGGACGGAGACGUAUCUCCCCGAGCAGAGCUUCUGGACGGAGACGUAUCUACCGGAGCAGAGCUUCUGGACGGAGACGUAUCUCCCCGAGCAGAGCUUCUGGACGGAGACGUAUCUCCCCGAGCAGAGCUUCUGGACGGAGACGUAUCUCCCCGAGCAGAGCUUCUGGACGGAGACGUAUCUACCGGAGCAGAGCUUCUGGACGGAGACGUAUCUACCGGAGCAGAGCUUCUGGACGGAGACGUAUCUCCCCGAGCAGAGCUUCUGGACGGAGACGGAAGUGGGCUUCCUGCGGCUGCGAUAG